AAGUAUUUAUCCACAUAACGUUGACCUCUACACUCCCUUGUCAACCCAAUUGCUAGCAUCAUGCUGCGAGCUGCUCUCCGUCGUGCCUUCGUUACAGUGCCCACAGUGUCUCCCAUUAGGACCUCACAGGGCCGUGUGACCAGUCCAGUCUCCUUGCAAGCCAUACGCUUCCAAUCCGACGAAGCAAAAGCUCUGCGCGAGCAGAUCCAUGAAGCGCGGAACGACCUCAGGAGAGACUGGGAUGCGAAGGAACUUACGUAUGAGGAGCUGAAGCCAAGAACUCAACAACCCAGUCCAGACGCGUAUAUAGUUGACGUGCGUGAGCCCGAUGAGGUUCUUCAGGGGUCCAUCCCUUCCGCCGUCAAUGUUCCGCUAUCCGUUUUGGCCGAAUCAUUCCAUCUCAACCAUACAGACUUUGAGAAGAAGUUCGGAUUCGCCAAACCUCGACAAGAUCAGGAACUCGUCUUCUACUGCCGAAGUGGUAAACGUUCGACAACCGCUUGUGAUGUUGCCAAAAGGAAUGGUUACAAGAACAUCCUUAACUACAAGGGCUCCUGGCUGGAUUGGAUUCAGAGGGAAGGAACACCGGGGCAGGCUCCUCCAGCACAACCGUAAUGUUGUACUUGUCGUCCGUGACUUGGGUUGUAAAAGGAAUGCAUGCAGUACUUGACUGAGACGAGGAAUCUCUUAUUCGGAGUGUCCUGAGGCUAUCCGAUCUGUCCAUGAAAUUCAUGAAAUUAAGGUUACAACGAAUCAUUGCAACGCCUUUCGUGUUGUCAUGUUACUGUAGAAGUCUGCAAUCUCUUAUUGAGUUC